AUGCAAGAUUCUUAAGAGAAAAUACCAAAAUUAGAUCUCAACAAUAGAAGAUCUCAAUCAAUGGCCAAUUCUAAUCCUGCAUUUAAAAAACUUAAAGAGACAUUGUUGAUUGAUAAUUAAACUAGUACUCGUUAAUUGAAACGAAAGUAAGGUGAUAUUUUGGAUUCAAUUCUUGAAGAUGCAAAUUUGAUAUUAAGAAAUAAACUUUUAGAAAAGAAUAUUUAUUAACUGAAGGAAUUAGGUUUACUGAAAUAAUAUGAUCCUACAAUAGCAAUAGAAUAAGGAUUAAAGAAAAGUAAUUAUGUUAUGAAUGAUUAUCAUAAUAAAAGUACUACAAAUGGAUAUUCUAGAAAUUAUGGAGGAUUGUUUUACAAUAGAUGA